AUGCUCACUCACGACACCAAGAACAACCGUUUAAUCUACCAAUACGACUCCGAACAACUAUACAUAGAACCCUGGGGUCCCAAUGCCGUCCGCGUCCGCGCAACCCAUCUGCCUGAAUUUCCAACAAACCUAGACUGGGCCUUAUCAUCCGAACUCAGGCCGUCAACUCCUGUCCCGGCGACGAUUGAAAUCGACAACAAAGUCGAGGGCGGAAAACUCACAAAUGGAGCUAUUCAAGCCAGCAUCUCACCGCGCGGAAAGAUCAUCAUCCGCAACACAAAUACCGGAAAGGUGCUGCUAGAAGAAUACAUGCGCAACCGCAAGGAUCCGAUUGACCCGAAAUGCUCGGCUCUCGACAUUGAAGCGCGCGAAUUCAAGCCACAUCCGGGCUGCGACGAUUACCAUCUUACUCUACGACUCGAAAGCAUUGAUCGGAACGAGAAAAUCUAUGGCAUGGGGCAGUACCAGCAGCCGUUUCUCGAUCUGAAGGGCGUCGAUCUUGAGCUUGCGCAUCGCAAUUCACAGGCUUCGAUUCCAUUUGCCGUCUCAUCGUUGGGAUAUGGAUUCUUAUGGAACAACCCGGGUGUUGGCAGGGCCGUGUUGGGCAAGAACGUUAUGUCAUUUGAAGCGUUCUCAACUCGCGUUUUGGACUAUUGGAUUGUGGCGGGCGACUCGCCCAAGGGAAUAGUUGAGGCGUAUGCCGAUGUCACCGGCAAAGUGCCUAUGAUGCCUGAAUACGGACUUGGGUUUUGGCAGUGCAAACUGCGGUACCAAACACAAGAUGAACUGUUGAAGGUAGCGCGGGAGUAUAAAAAGCGAAAUCUGCCAAUUGACUUGAUUGUUAUUGAUUUCUUCCACUGGCCAUUACAGGGAGAAUGGAAGUUUGAUCCCGUUUACUGGCCUGACCCUGAUGCAAUGAUAAAAGAACUCAAAGAUCUCAACAUCGAACUAAUGGUUUCCAUCUGGCCGACAGUCGACAUCCGGUCUGAGAACUACGAGGAAAUGGUCGCCAAAGGAUACCUCAUCCGCACAGAUCGUGGGAUUCGCAACGGGAUGAAUUUCCAAGGAGAAACAAUCCAUUUCGACGCAACCCACCCCGGGUCUCGCAAAUAUGUGUGGGACAAAGCAUAUCAAAACUACUUUUCCAAAGGUAUCCGUGUGUUUUGGCUCGAUGAAGCUGAACCCGAGUACACGGCGUACGACUUCGACAAUUACCGUUACCAUCUUGGAUCCAACGUAACCAUUGGAAAUAUCUAUCCUCGUGAAUACGCUCGGGCAUUCUACGAAGGACAAGCAGCGGCAGGACAGCAAAACAUCGUCAAUCUGCUGCGAUGCGCGUGGGCAGGGUCACAAAAGUAUGGCGCGUUAGUGUGGAGUGGCGAUAUCGCAUCCAGCUGGGAGUCGCUGCGUUGCCAGCUCGCGGCAGGGUUGAAUAUGGGCAUUUCAGGGAUUCCCUGGUGGACCACAGACAUCGGUGGAUUUCACGGCGGUGACCCAACGAAGGAGCCGUUCAGGGAACUUCUCGUGCGUUGGUUCCAAUGGGGUGCGUUUUGUCCGGUUAUGAGGUUGCAUGGUGAUCGAGAACCGAAACAGCCUCAGCAUGGAACGACGGGCGGCGCGGGGUGUCUUUCGGGAGCGGAGAAUGAGGUGUGGUCGUACGGGGAAGAAGUGUACAAGAUUUGCGUGAAGUACUUGGAUAUCCGCGAGCAGUUAAGAGAUUAUACCAGAGAAUUAAUGAGAGAAGCGCACGAAAAAGGGACGCCGGUUAUGAGGCCGCUCUUUUACGAGUUUCCAGAUGACGCACAUGCAUGGACUGUUGAGGACCAGUAUCUGUAUGGGUCGAAAUAUCUUUGUGCCCCAGUCUUGUAUCCAGGACAGAAGACUCGAUCUGUUUAUCUACCCAAAGGCACAUGGACAUUCUUCCAAGAUGGUGCUAUAGCAGGAGAUCAUGGGAAAGAAUACAUAGGAGGAAAAACAGUUGAAGUCGACUGCCCAGUCGAGAUUAUGCCGGUUUUCGUUCGAGCUUGA